CUGUCCUUUAGAGUCAGAAUCGGCUUGAUGGUGGUUCAUGAGAGACGAACACUAAACAAAAUGACACUGUAAAAAAAAGCCUUGGAUGAAAAAUAAUUAAGUGUGCUUUAAAGGAAAGGUGUAAGAGGGCUUCAAGAAAUGUGUGGGGCAGCGGAAUGUGCCUGUGCCUGUUUGGGACCUGUCAUGGAGGAGCUCUGCAAGGGUGUCCUGGGGUGUGUGUGGGGGUCCCUGUGAUGUCAUGUGCGGGCUCCGGACUGAAACGUUGAAGAUUCAGGUUGACUGAGGUGCCAGGCAGAAAGGCCUGGCAUUCUCCUUCUGAACACACAGCCCCUGCCCGCCCUGUGGAGCACAGCCCUGACCCGAGUGCGGCUGUGGGUCUCAGUACUUGAUCAGCCGAGUCGAGGCCAUGGUGGCUUGUAAUGUUGCAGCAUGGGGUUACCCCCUUAAAACGCCGGGGUUGGUUAAUCUUGUGCAGAAAGCUCUCCCCUGUCCUCCGCAGGGCUAUUCUGAGUCCCCGGACCUGGAUUUUGAGUAUGCCGACACAGACAAGUGGGCCGCAGAGCUCUCUGAGCUGUACAGCUACACGGAAGGGCCCGAGUUCCUGCUGAAUAGAAAAUGCUUUGAGGAGGACUUCCGAAUCCACGUGACGGACAAGAAGUGGACUGAGCUGGACACCAACCAGCACCGGACCCAUGCCAUGAGGCUCCUGGAUGGCUUGGAAGUCACUGCCAGGGAGAAGAGGCUCAAGGUCGCCCGGGCAAUUCUCUAUGUUGCUCAAGGCACCUUUGGGGAGUGUAGCUCGGAGGCGCAGGUGCAGUUCUGGAUGCGCUACAACAUCUUCCUGCUCCUGGAAGUGGGCACCUUCAACGCACUGGUGGAGCUCCUGAACAUGGAAAUCGACAACAGCGCCGCCUGCAGCAGUGCCGUGAGGAAGCCUGCCAUCUCCCUGGCUGACAGCACAGACCUGAGGGUCCUGCUCAACAUCAUGUACCUGACCGUGGAGACAGUUCACCAGGAGUGUGAGGGCGACAAGGCUGAGUGGAGGGCCAUGCGGCAGACCUUCAGGGCUGAGCUGGGCUCCCCGCUGUACAACAACGAGCCCUUCGCCAUCAUGCUGUUCGGGAUGGUCACCAAGUUUUGCAGCGGCCAUGCGCCUCACUUCCCCAUGAAGAAGGUCCUCUUGCUGCUCUGGAAGACGGUGCUGUGCACGCUGGGUGGCUUUGAGGAGCUGCAGAGCAUGAAGGCUGAGAAGCGCUCUGCCCUGGGCCUGCCCCCGCUGCCUGAGGACAGCAUCACCGUGAUCCGCAGCAUGAGGGCCGCCUCGCCACCAGCCUCCGCCUCCGACCUCAUAGAGCAGCAGCAGCGGCGGGGCCGCCGGGAGCACAAGGCGCUGAUCAAGCAGGACAACCUGGAUGCCUUCAAUGAGCGGGACCCCUACAAGGCCGACGACGCCCGGGAGGAGGAGGAGGAGAAUGAUGAGGACAGCACUCUGGAGGGGGAGACCUUCCCUCUGGAGCGGGAUGAGGUGAUGCCUCCCCCGCUGCAGCACCCCCAGACUGACCGGCUGACCUGCCCCAAGGGGCUCCCUUGGGCCCCCAAGGUCAGAGAGAAGGACAUUGAGAUGUUCCUCGAGUCCAGCCGCAGCAAGUUCAUAGGCUACACCCUCGGCAGCGACACGAGCACCGUGGUGGGGCUGCCCAGGCCGAUCCACGAAAGCAUCAAGACGCUGAGGCAGCACAAGUACACAUCGAUUGCAGAGGUCCAGGCACAGAUGGAGGAGGAGUACCUGCGCUCGCCUCUCUCCGGGGGAGAAGAGGAAGUGGAGCCGGUUCCUGCAGAAACCCUCUACCAAGGCCUGCUCCCCAGCCUGCCUCAGUACAUGAUCGCCUUGUUGAAAAUCCUGCUGGCCGCUGCGCCCACCUCCAAGGCCAAAACCGACUCCAUCAACAUCCUGGCGGAUGUCCUUCCUGAGGAGAUGCCCACCACCGUGCUGCAGAGCAUGAAGCUGGGGGUGGAUGUGAACCGCCACAAGGAAGUCAUUGUCAAGGCCAUCUCUGCUGUCCUGCUACUGCUGCUCAAGCACUUCAAGCUGAACCACAUCUAUCAGUUUGAGUACAUGGCUCAGCACCUGGUGUUUGCCAACUGUAUCCCUCUGAUCCUUAAGUUCUUCAAUCAAAACAUCAUGUCCUAUAUCACGGCCAAGAACAGCAUCUCGGUCCUGGACUACCCCCACUGCGUGGUGCAUGAGCUGCCAGAGCUGACCGCUGAGAGCCUGGAAGCAGGGGACAGCAACCUGUUUUGCUGGAGGAACCUCUAUUCCUGCAUCAAUCUGCUUCGGAUCCUGAACAAGCUGACCAAGUGGAAGCAUUCCAGGACGAUGAUGCUGGUGGUGUUCAAGUCGGCCCCCAUCCUGAAGCGGGCCCUGAAGGUGAAACAAGCCAUGAUGCAGCUGUACGUGCUGAAGCUGCUCAAGGUGCAGACCAAGUACCUGGGGCGGCAGUGGCGGAAGAGCAACAUGAAGACCAUGUCGGCCAUCUACCAGAAGGUGCGGCACCGGCUGAACGACGACUGGGCCUACGGCAACGAUCUCGAUGCCCGGCCUUGGGACUUUCAGGCGGAGGAGUGCGCCCUGCGGGCCAACAUUGAGCGCUUCAACGCCCGGCGCUACGACCGGGCCCACAGCAACCCCGACUUCCUGCCAGUGGACAACUGCCUGCAGAGUGUCCUGGGCCAGCGGGUGGACCUCCCGGAGGACUUCCAGAUGAACUAUGACCUCUGGCUAGAAAGGGAGGUCUUCUCCAAGCCCAUUUCCUGGGAGGAGCUGCUGCAGUGAGGCUCCAUGGGACUGAGCAGUGAAGCCUGCUCCCGUCCUCCAGGGGGCAGCGCAGCCCCACUCUGCCUUCCAGAGCCAGCCCGGGCUGUGGCUGGGAGGGCGUCCAGCGUGGUGCCCAGUGCCUGCUCAGGAGCACUCAGUCCGUCAUCUCUCUGCUUGGAAUCUCCCUCUUGGACACGGCUUGUGACAGCCCGUUUCGCAGUCAGCCCCAGGCUGGGAAAACCCAGGGUGAGCUGGGUUCUCCUUGCACCGGAAUUUUAGGGGUCUCGAGCCAACUCCUCCAGAAACGGACGACCUCAUCCGGCCUGUUGGCUUGUCACAGAGAAGGAGUUCCAGCCAGGACAAGAAGGCCAGCACCUUGGCCCUGCUCUGGGCUGGGCAGGCUGGGGUUCUGAGGUCAUCCCAGCCUCCUGGUCAGCUGCCUCCAGAAGCAGGUGCAGAGGCCUCCAGAGUCAGGGACGGAGAGACGGCACCCUUCACCAGAGCAGCCGUUUGCCCCCCUGGCUUGCUAAGGGCUUGCACGUAGUUAUACUCGGGCAGUGCCCGGGUGACUGACCACGUUGACUGAGCGACACAUCACACUUGCCCUGAAAUGUUAGGUAAAUCUGCCCUCACACUGAACCUGGAUGACUGAGUCCUUGUGAUCACCUUUCCUUUGCUGCGCACGGCAGCUUCUAAAUCGUCAAGCCUUUCCUUGCACCAGGUGCAAAACCAGGCCCUGUCUUUGAGUCAGUUCCAGUUCAGUGAGCCUGUAAGUGAGGGGCGAGCUGCCCCCUGGGAUUCGAGGCUGGAGGUGCUCUGGAGGCACACUGCCACAGCUUUCUUCUGGGGGCUGGCCAGUGGGUUGGAACCGCCAGGCUCAGCCCGCAGCCGAGAGCUUGACCGCUGCGCCACUGGGCUCCUGGCUGGCAGUAAAGUCAGGCAAAACGAGGACAGUUUGUGCCUGUUCUGACUCAGAUACACUGAGAAACCAGUCUUGUUUGACCGAGAGCUGGGAGUGUCGGUGUAAAUCUGUGUGCUCCUGUGUGACGUUGGGGUCUCCCAUGUGUUUCUGUAUUCUGUUUACAUUAAAAGGAAGAAAAACAGCA